AUGGAGAAGAACCAGCAAAUGAAUCCUCUUGCGCCAUCAAGUGCCCAAAACCCUAGCAAUGACCAAGAGUCCUUGAGAAAUCACAUGGAGCAAGAGAGGCGCCAGAAGAGGCUCAAGUUGGCAGCCUACAUCGCCGCCUUCACCGUGUUCCAGGUCAUCGUCAUCCUCGUCUUCGUCCUCGUGAUCAUGAAGGUCCGCACCCCAAAGUUCCGCGUCGGGACGCCCCGCAUCCAGGCCCUCACCACCUCCACCGCCGGGUCGGGCUCCCCGUCCUUCAACAUGACCAUCCUUGCGCCCAUCAGGCUCAAGAACCCCAACUUCGGCCCUUACAAGUACGACUCCACCACCAUCGUCUUCGCCUACGGCGAUGCUACUGUGGGGCGGGUCGCGAUCCCUAAGGACAAGGCCGACUUCAAGUCCACGAAGAAGAUCGACGCCACGGUCACGUUGAGCUCCAGCUCGUUGUCCGGAACUUCGAAUUCGAGCCUCGGGACCGAGCUGAGUUCUGGGGUCCUGACUCUGACGAGCUCAGCGAAUCUGAACGGUAAGUUCCAGCUGAUGCUCAUCUUCAAGAAGAAGAAGUCCACGAGCAUGGAUUGCACCAUGAAGAUCGACGUCUCUGCACAAACCGUUCAAUCGGUGACUUGUAAAUGA